AUGGAAAUUGAUUUGAAUCAAUUGCCAGAAAAUAAUGAUAACUUUAAUUUACCUCCCCCUCCCCCAUCCCCUCCUAAUCCUCCUGAUUUGAAUCUACCCGCAGAAAAAGAGCCGAUUUUUCCUACCAACAUACAGUGGAAAAGAUCCGUUGAAAGACUUUGGCGCGCUGCAAAAAACAGUAUUCAAAAUGGAAGUCCUGCUAAUGUUUCCUCAAGAAUGCCCAAAAAGAUUGGUCGCAAAAAAAUACAGAUUGAUCUGGAGAUAAUGAGCUUGAUUCCUUUCCGUCGGAGAACAAAUAUAAGAUCAACAGCAAAGGCUUUGGGGAUGUCAAAGACCACUGUUUGGAGAAGAAUCAAAGAUGGAAGUAUUAAAUCACACUCAAAUGCUAUUAAACCAGGCUUCUCACUCAAAACAAGAAUAGCAAGACUUAAGCAUUGUCUUGAGAUGCUAGAUGAGAGUGUAUCCCCAGCAGUAUUUUCUGCUCGUCCCCGAUAUGAUGAAUACGUAAAUACUCCAUUCGACGGGAAAAUUGGAAUGUGGGCGUUCGUUUUUAUGGAGGCCGCAAAGAGGAAAAUCAAAAAUCGAGUUGCAGGUACUCUUGAGAUGAAACCGAUUAAGUCAAUCACACAAAAGGUUACUCGCGAGUUUUUGAUCAACAAACUACUCCCUGCUAUCAUACAAAAAUGGCCACAUGACGGUCGUACAAUCUUCAUUCAACAAGAUAAUGCAAGGCCACACAUUGCUAUUGGUGAUGAACAAUUUUGUGAAGCUGUUCGACAAUUUGGAUUGGAUGCGCGCAUAUGUUUUCAACCUCCAAAUAGUCCAGAUUUAAAUGUCAAUGAUCUUGGAUAUUUUAGAUCUAUAGAUGAACAUCAACACUCCGAGGCUCCAAAUACCGUGCCUGAAUUGGUUGCGGGCGUGGAAAAGUCUUUUCGAGAGUAUCCAAGUUACCUGAUAAACAACGUAUUUCUAACGUUACAAACGUGCAUGAAUGAAAUAUUAAAGAAGAAAGGAGAUAAUGAUUAUUAUAUCCCACAUAUGAAGAAAGAUCAUUUGAUUAGAAUUGGUGAAUUGCCAACUUGCAUUCAGUGUGACAGUGAAGUCAUAACCGCAGCAAAAGAAGCGCUUGAGGGUCUACAACAUCAACUAUAUCAACAAGAAAAUGAAACACCACAUGAAUGA